AAAUUAUAUAUAAAAAAUGUGCAGAAUAAUCUUGCUAGCGACUUUACUUUUACUAUUGACAUCUCAAAUAGGAAGUGCGGAUGUCAUUUUCAGAUCCUUGCAUACUAUAGAAGACUCGUUGCAGAUAGCAAGAGAAAAUGAAAAUAAUCAAAUCCUUUUCUUUUUUGAUCCACUAGACAUAAAUACUGAUCGAGCUAUGAGUCUAUUAAAAAAAAUAGACACACGGAAAAAGGAUAUAUUGAUCUACACUGUAGACUGUCGUGAAAAUUUCACUGCUUGGCUAAGAUCUUCUUUCGGAGUCACUUAUUUUCCAUCGUUAAUCCUUUUUCAUAAGGUGAAUCAUGGCUCACGAAAGGUCGAAAAUUUCAAUCCAUUUGUUGUCAAACCCGAAGAGCUCUUUUAAAAAAGAUCGUGGACGCUAAAAAUGCCGACGCAUAUAUUCACGUUAAAAAACUUUUAUUUAGAAUCCAACUGCAUAUUUAAUCAUUAUCAUUCUGGAAAAUUAUUUCUUUAUUUAAUCCAGUUUUAAUUUUCCUUUAAAUAAUUUUGACUUAUUGGUCCGCUUCUUAAUAUUUUUUGAAGGGGGAUAAGUCUUAAUUAUUUACACGACUAGAUCUAGUAAAGUGAAAACUUUACCAUAAAGACACCACAUGUUACGAAUGACUUUAGCAGGAUUAAGUAAACACCCAUAUACUGUAGAUUUGGAAUUACUGAAUGAAAUGAAGAAGAAAGAAAUUGAACGCACUCGAAUAUCACCCUCAUCUGUGUUUUUCGAAUGCUCGCGGAAGGCCUUGGAAAAAACAAGGGCUCUGUACGGAUUUUUCUUUCCUGAGGGAUAUAAGGGUGGUGCCGGUAGAUAGCCAGGCUAUUUCAAAGAAAAGUGUUAUUAUUUCUAAAAAUAUCGAAUAUUUAAAAUUUUCUACAACGAAUAUUAGUUUAGAUAAUAUGUUUGAAUUCAACUAUUUU